AUGGGACCUAUCAUACACAAAGCCCUGAUCAACGUUGAUCUAGGAGAGGGGUUUGGAAACUGGACAAUCACUUCAGAUGAAGACUUGCUUCCAUUCAUUGACCAUGCCAAUAUUGCUUGUGGAUUCCACGCUUCUGACCCCCUCAUCAUGAUGGAAACUGUUCGCAGCUGCAAGCAACACAACGUAAAAGUCGGAGCACACCCCGGUCUGCCAGAUCUCCAGGGAUUUGGCCGUCGAGAAAUGAUACUUUCAACUGACGAGCUCACUGCAAUCACUGUUUAUCAAGUUGGAGCACUUAAGGGGUUCUUGGAUCGAGAGGGAGUCCUCCUUCACCACGUCAAGCCCCAUGGGAUGCUCUAUGGUAUGUGUUGCAGGGACUAUGACACUGCCAUGGCCGUAUUUAAGGGCAUUCCCAAGGGUGUCAAGGUGUUUGGUCUUCCAGGUACUUGUAUGGAACAGGCCGCCAGAGAUUUAGGACUCGAUUUCGUCGCGGAGUUUUAUGCGGAUGUCAAAUACAAUGCUGAUGCUUCUCUCCUGAUUGAGCGCAAAAAGAAGGCUUGGGAUCUUGAGGAGGUCCGAAGACGCGUAACACAGCAGAUGGAAACAUGCACUGUUGUUGCGAUCGACGGAUCAACCUGUGAACUGCCUGUUAAGGAUUAUCCUAUCUCGAUUUGUUGUCAUUCCGACGUUCCCGGGUGCUUCGAGUUGGUGAAGGUGACAAGAGAAGCUGUCGACGAGUUUAACGGGGUUUACUUCCCCACCGAAUAG